AUGAUUAAAAGGAGGUCUACGAAAAGAGUCUGGCCAUACACACCUGAACCUUCGCCCCGUCUGGAACCCUCUAUCUACUCGUUGGAAGAGGUACCGGAGGUCUGCGAGAUGCCUAGUGACGAAGUCCCUCGGGCUCGACCCAUCAGUGUAGUGGGCCGAAGAGAGGGCCUCAUGUCCCCAGCGAGACCGACGCUGGACGAUGUACUUGCCAACAAAGCACCAUCUCCAUACACGCUUGCUGCGUUUACCGCUUUUCUUUCACAACAACACUGUUUAGAGACGCUUGAAUUCACCACGGAGGCUAAAAAGUACGCCGACAAAUUCGAUGAAGCAUCAGCAAGCCUUGCAGGAAUGCCGAUCACGGUGGACGCACAGGAGGGCUGGGAACUGAUCCAAGACUGGACUCGCAUUCUUGAUAUCUACGUGAAGCCUGGUGCGCCUCGAGAGAUCAAUUUACCAGCGGAGGAGCGGGACGAUCUGCUUGAGCAAGCCUACGAAUUGCGACCGCCGCCUCCUGAAGCAUUGGAUGCCGCCGUAAAACGCAUGUAUGAUUUGAUGUCGGAAUCCAUCUUCAUCCCCUUCUGCAACAGCCUUCAACAAUUACCCUACGCCCAAACAUACGACGCCCUCUCGGAUUAUGGCCAUCUGAGUGGCCUUGAUCCACCGCGGCUCACCUACGACGAUCGAGGCAUGCACCGGCAGAUGAUAUCCGCUCGAAGACGCCGGUCUCCCCCCAACACAUCAGCUGCAUCGUUUGAGACCUCCCGAACACUUGCAUCGCCACACCGAUCGGCCCCUUCCUCGUCACUGUCAUCGGCAUUGGGUCGCCAAAGCGGGACGCGAUUAACCCACCAUAUUUCUCCAUCGUCGGUAGUCUCGGAAAGUGCGUUGACCGAUAGUAGUGGAGGGCCCGACAGUCCUCCGGCUGGCGAACCGGACACCGUCGUGAUGACUCCCCCGACAACCCCGCCCACCAGUGAUGUUGGCAUGAGCGGUAUGGGCCAGGUCAGUGGAGCGGCUUCGGUACACGCUGCUAAAAUCCACCGAAGCGAGAGUGGUGGGUGGAAGAAGGCGAUGAAACUAUUUGGAGGCAGCAAGAAGAAGAACGAGGGCUCUGACGGAUAA